AUGCCAGCGGAACGACGGCGGCCCCCGCGCGCCGCUGCACCGGCACGGUUCCACGGGGACCGGUGCAAAGCGACUCAGGACUUGAUCUGGGUUUCUCUGGGAGCGCUGUCUGGGCGAGCCCCUUCCCCCGGACGCUGUCUCUCCCCGCAGGUGAUGAUGCUGGGCAGCCCGCGGGUGGCCGAGCUGCUGCUGCUGCACGGAGCCGACCCCAACCGCCCCGACCCGCGCACCGGCUGCCUCCCGGUGCACGACGCGGCCCGCGCCGGCUUUCUGGGCACGCAGGCGGCGCUGCACCGGGCCGGGGCGCGCCUCGACCUCCCCGACGGCGGCGGCCGCCUGCCCCUCGACGUGGCGGCGGGGAGCCCGCACGGAGCCGUGGGGCGGUACCUGCGCGACCCUCCGGCCUGUGCCUAACCUCUCCCCGGGCCAUCCCCUCCCCAGACUUAUUGCCCACGCCCAGCUCGGGGGACACCAAGUGGAACAGCACUCAUGCGAUGUUGUGAAUAACCCCGGGUCGCGUUUCCCUGCUGGAUGCAGGAAGGACAAUAUUCUUUGCUCAUAACUGUAUAUUAUCCUGAUCUGGAAAUGCUAUGGCCGUCCCCAGGCCCCUUUUUUCACACAAGAGUCCAAACACUGAAGAGAAAUACGAAAUAUGAAGUAGGAAGCAUGAAAUACGAAGUGAGAAAAUACUAAAUGUGAAAAUAUUGAACAGCAGAUAUUGAAUAUUAAUUAUGAAAGAAAAUCCCCGCACAGAGAUAUGGUACUAUAAACCCUUCCUCUGUUUUGAUGGGGCUGCAUCUGGACUUUCUGCUCCCCGGUGACUCCCCGCUCAGGCUUGCUAGCCCUCCAUCUGAAGAAGAUGGGGGAGGUUUCAGGGUCUCCCUGACCUGACAGCUUCCUGUUUGAUUUUGGUUAAAGCAAUCUGAAGGGGUGCCGAACCCAAUCUGCCUUUAUCUGGCAAACGCUUCCUGGUGUGAUUGCAGCUUUGGUAAAUACCUUAUUAAAAGCACGUAGGAUGCUAUGCAUGUCUGUACACGUACUCACAGCUACACAUUUGUAACUUUCCUUGUGUAGGCUGCAACUAUAGGAGCUGGAAAGAGAAAAUAAAAAGAAAUUUGUGUCUCUGCAAGCCUGAUAACUCACAGCUACACAUUUGUAGCUUUCCUUGUGUAGGCUGCAACUAUAGGAGCUGGAAAGAGAAAAUAAAAAAUUUGUGUCUCUGCAAGCCUGAUACAAUAUGUAUCCUCAGUUGAAGUAUCCUCGUUGUUUUAACAAUUUGCAAGUGACCUCUUCUGAGUUAAAAUACUUCCAAAAAAUCACGUGAUUGUGAAACCAAGGCAGCCAUUAACGAAAAUAAAAAAAUCAUACAUCUGAGCUCAACUCCAGCGCUUCCCAAGAUGCCCAGAGGUGACACAUUCGGUGAGGAAACAAGGAAACCUUCGAAACAGCUCUGGGGCUGGCAGGGGAACGAGGAGGGGGCAAUCUGUUAUUUCUGUGACAGCCGAUACAUGUUUCACGGGCUGCUUCGGCGCGGGGGAGUUGGAUAGGAGCACCCCAGGAAAAAGAUAGAGCGGCAGCCCAGGCUCGGGCGAGGUGCAAGGAGGAGGCGGGCAGAGCCGAUGUCACGUCAGCGAGUCCCCAAGCCCCCAGAGAGCUGUGCUUGCGGGAGCGCACAGACAGCAGCGAGCCGGGCGGGGAGGCAGGCACGCCGCUCCCAGCCGGGGCGAGACAAGCGAUAGACCCUGCCUCCCUCCAAGGAACCCAAGUGGGGCUGUGCUCACACUUCCUGCGCCUCAGCGGCUGAGAAAGGGAAGCCCCGCAAGGCAGUGACAGAGUUCAGGUGUUGUACCUCAGCGCUAUAACUGGGCACUUUGCAGAGCUACCUGUAGAAAAGGUGAAAAAGAUUUAUCUUGGUUUUGCACUCCUGCUAAGUAUCCAACCCCUAGGUAUCUCAUGUAGAAACAUGAAAAAUAAUGUUUAUACCUUUUUUGUAACGUGUUGUUUAUUGUAAUGUGAUUUCAUACAAUGCCUGGUUUAUAAUUACUUCGUAUGUGUUGUCAUGCUAUAAAAUAUUUAGUUAUGUCAUUCAUGUAUAUAAUGUAUCUAUGUAAUAUCUAUAUAAAAUAUACACAAUACACAUAGAAAACACACAUAUAUAAA